AUGAGAAUCGCUAUAGCAUUGUGCAUUUUGGCUACAUUUUGUAUCGUAAGUACGGUUUAUGCUGCCAUUCCAAUAAACUUUGACUAUUUGGAAGAUGAAUAUUUUAUAAAAAUAAAAAAUGCAAAAUUGAAUGUGGAACAUAUUGUACAACGAAUUGAACGUGUCCAGGCUGACACUACAGAGGAUGCUUUAUUAACAGUUACGAAAAGAUGGAAUCAACAAAUAAAUAAUUACAGAGAUUACGUUAAUCUAUUGUUCAAUUCGAUGCGCAGAGAAAUAAAUAAUGCUAAAAUUAGAGGUGUAGAUGCACAAUUCUGUUACGAUACUAACUUCUGGGCCAUAAACGAGCAUGGCAACAUAGCAUAUCAAUCUGCUACAAAAUGUCAAGAAUCUGCUGAAAAGUCUAUUGAAAACAGCCUUGGAUUUCUCGAUAAUCUCAAGUCGCUUGGAUACGAGCUGAUAAAAGAAUUGAAUGAUAUCUUCCUGAACUGCUAUGAUGACGAUACUACUAAAAUGCAAAAUUGCUUCCUUAGCGAGUUCGGAAAAAUCAAUAACUCCGUGAAGGAGUUUGAGCAGAACGCCAAAUACAUCGAGUAUAACGCAUUGCCAACGUCCAACUAUGUCAUUCUGCAGGCCACUCAAUGUCUGAAUAACGCUUACAUGUUAGCGCGCUUCGAAAGUCAGGGCGCAAUGAUGUCUAAUUCUAGAUGCGUUCGAAACGUCGUGAAUAAAAACUUAAGAGUUUAA